CUCUAUGGUUUUCUUUCUUACAGACUUAUUUUGGUUCCAAAUGGCCUCUUCCUUUUAUCAUCUGCUCCUUUUCGUUGGCCUCUGGGUUCCCCUCUACUGCAAGCCCCCAUCCCAUGCUCCCAGCAGAGGGUCUGCACCGCCUUCCUGUUCCAAGAGCAGCCCUGGCUCCCAGGUGUCUUCCGGCAGCACCAACUUUGCCUUCCGCCUGUACCGAAGACUGGCUCUGCAGAGCCCGGGUCGGAACAUCUUCUUCUCCCCGGUGAGCAUCUCCACCUCCCUGGCCAUGCUGUCGCUGGGAGGCCGCUCAGCCACCAAGGUUCAGAUUCUCAAGACUCUGGGCUUCAACCUCACAGCUACCCCAGAAUCUGCCAUCCAUCAGGGUUUCCAGCACCUAGUCCACGCACUAAAUGUCCCCAAUGAAGAAUGGGACUUGAGGAUGGGCAGUGCCCUCUUUGUCAAGAAAGGGCUGCAGCUGCAGGCAAGUUUCCUAGAGAGAGCUAAGAGGCUGUACGGGUCAAAGGUCUUUUCUGUAGAUUUCUCCAAAGCCUUCACUGCCCAGAGGAUCAACAGUUAUGUGGAAAAAGAGACAAGAGGAAAGGUGGUGAACUUAAUCCAAGACCUGGACCCUCUGACAGCCAUGGUCCUGGUGAACCACAUUUUUUUUAAAGCCAACUGGACCAAGCCCUUUAACCCUGCGGAUACUCACAAAAGCUUCCCCUUCCUGGUGGACAAGCAGACCACUGUGCGCGUGCCCAUGAUGCAGCAGAGGGACACAUUUGCUUUCGGGGUGGAUCCAAAGCUCAACUGCUCUGUGCUGCAGAUGGACUUCAGGGGGGACACCGUGGCCUUCUUCAUCCUCCCUGGUGAGGGCAAGAUGAGGCAGCUGGAAGAGACGCUAUCAGCCAGGGUGGUGAGAAGGUGGAGCCACUCACUCCGGAAGAGGUGGAUAGAGGUCUUCCUCCCCAAAUUCUCCAUUUCUGCCUCCUACGACCUGGAAACCAUCCUCCCAAAGAUGGGCAUCCGUGAUGCCUUCAACAAAAAUGCUGACUUUGCUGGAAUUACAAAGACAGGCUUUCUGCAAGUUUCCAAAGCUACUCACAAGGCUGUGUUGGACAUCGGCGAGGAGGGGACAGAGGCAGUAGCAGCCACCGCCACCAAGCUCAUAGUCCGAUCCAAGGAUAAUCCUUCUUUUCCUGUUAUAGCCUUCAAAAAGCCCUUCCUGACAAUGAUUACGAGCAAAGACUUAAGUGCUAUUUUCUUCAUAGGGAAGAUUAAGAAUCCCUCCGAAGCCUAGAGUGGACCUGCCCUGUCGAUCAA